AUGUUUGCACUUCUGUUUCUCGCCGCUACGCUUUUGGCUCCUGUAUUUGCUCAGACUCCUUCGAUAAAGCAAACCGUUGGCACAUGGCAGUACAAGGGAUGCUAUAGGGACUUCGGACCUCGCAUCUUGACUUUCCGUUACACUAUUCCAGCAGGUAACAGUGCGGAUAGUUGUACUGCGCUCUGUAACAGUGAAGGGUACGGACUCGCUGGUCUCGAGUAUGGAACCGAAUGCUGGUGUGACAACUACAUGCCAUAUGGCAACUUGAUGCCCGAUGGUGACUGCAACUUCGUAUGCCCAGGAGAUAGCACCCAGCUUUGUGGGGCUGGAAAUCGCAUGGUGCUUUAUGAGAAUAGUGCUGCUACUCCUCCCAGCACCGACAUUUGCAUUACCUGGCGCGACGGCUUCUCGUUCGGCAACAACGUCCUGCAAGCUAUCCCAAAGACGGGUGGUGCUGUUACGAAGUUGUUUGCAAUUCCUACGAACCCAUUCACGGAUCCUAUCUACUACACCAUUAUUUCGACAUGCCCCGCUGGUUGUCCGUACACCGAUUAUUACAACUUUGGGUUGGUCAAUGGCAUUUUGACCAGCUACAAUUCAAGGCCCUAUGCUCCCAACGUCGGAGAUUCUCAAGCUUUCAUUUUCCGGUGGCCGCAGACUGUGGUAGGCUACAACGGGUUCUGUGCCAAGCCCAAUCCCAUCUCGCCUGACGGCCCGUUCAUCGGGUACCCUCUCCUGUCAGUCUCAGGGCACACCGAUUUGUGGGCUCUGUGCACGAACACCACGGAUAAUAACCGCCUGGACAUCGUCUAUUCCCCUGUUUCCAAUCAUCCUCAUUACACGCUGUCUGCUUGCCAGGAAGUUUACAUCCAGAUGGCGCCUUACGCAUAA